AUGUCGAACAAAGAAAACAACAGUAAGAUGAAGGGCCUCUUAAAAGGAUUGAGAUACAUCUCUCAAAUGUUUGAUGAUAAUAACAAAGAGCAAGAAAUUCAGAUUGGAUUUCCUACGGAUGUAAAGCAUGUUGCUCAUAUAGGGUGGGAUGGUCCUUCAACUGCAAGUUCUCCAAGCUGGAUGAACGAGUUUCAAACUCCACAAGGAUAUUCAUCAGGGCCUUUGAGUCAGACUGGAGACAUGAGCGAAGAGAAUGUUGUCUAUUAUCUCAAUGUAGAUUCAAGCCGGAGAAAUUCAAUAAGUUCAAUGCCUCCGGCAAAUGACUGCCCUGAAUUGCCUAAAUCGUCAAGAAGGCAAUCAUCACGAGCGCAUGAAGGAGGUGGUGGUUCAACUGAUUCCCCGAGGAAGGGAAAAUCAGAUAAAUCGAAGCAAUCAAGAAGGCCUUCUAGGAGGGACUCGUCGGAGACUAGUAGAGGCGGCCGUCAGGAAGCCACGGAUACGAGUAGCGAAUCCUCCCUGCCGGACAUCCCCAAGAAAUCACGGCGGAAGAAAUCAAAAGAAUCCGCACUUGGGGGAUCAAGAAAACAAAAGACCCUGGAACCCCAUCUAAAACAAAGUGCAAUGGCAUUGAAGCUCAGAACUGCUUUCAAGAGGGGGAAGACAAUGGGGGGUUUACAUGAAGUUGUUCAAAGAGUUGAGUACUACUAAUGUUGCAGCAGCUAG